AUGGGGAGCCCCGCACUCCGGUCCGCGCUGCUGCUGCUGUUGCCACUGCUGCUACAAGUCCCGCCGAGCCGCGGCUUCCCAGGAUCUGGAGAUUCACCGCUAGAAGAUGAUGAAGUCGUGUAUUCAGACGCUAAAUAUAAAGACAUCCCGUGGUGCUCCCCCAUCAAGGUGAAGUACGGGGAUGUGUACUGCAGGGCCCCUCAAGGAGGAUACUACAAAACAACCCUGGGAACCAGGUGUGACAUCCGCUGCCAGAAGGGCUAUGAGCUGCAGGGCUCUCCCCAGGUGAUCUGCCAGUCAAACAAACGGUGGUCGGACAAGGUCAUUUGCAAACAAAAGCGAUGUCCUACCCUUGCCAUGCCAGUGAAUGGAGGGUUUAAGUGUGUCGACGGUGCCUACUUUAACUCCCAGUGUGAGUACUAUUGCUCGCCAGGAUACACACUGAAAGGGGAACGGACAGUCAGGUGUAUGGACAACAAGGCCUGGAGUGGCCAACCAGCCACCUGUGUUGAUCUCGAACCUCCUAGAAUCAAGUGUCCAAGUGUGAAGGAACGCGUUGCAGAACCCAACAAGCUGACAGCCCGAGUGUCCUGGGAGACGCCCGAGGGAAGAGACACAGCAGACGGCAUUCUCACUGAUGUUAUUCUAAAAGGCCCACCCCCAGGCUCGCAUUUUCCAGAAGGAGACCACAAGAUCCAGUACACAGUCUAUGACAGAGCCGAGAACAAGGGCACUUGCAAAUUUCGAGUUAAAGUAAGAGUGAGACGCUGCGGCAAGCUCCAUGCCCCGGAGAACGGCUACAUGAAGUGCUCCAGUGACGGCGAUAAUUAUGGGGCCGUGUGUGAAUUCUCCUGCGUAGGAGGCUACGAGCUCCAGGGGAGCUCUGCCCGAGUAUGUCAGUCCAACCUGGCUUGGUCUGGCGCUGAACCCACCUGCACAGCCAUGAAUGUCAAUGUCGGCGUGAGAACAGCAGCUGCACUUUUGGAUCAGUUUUAUGAGAAAAGGAGACUGUUCAUUGUGUCCACCCCCACAGCCCGAAACCUCCUCUACCGGCUACAGCUGGGGUUGCUACAGCAAGCACAAUGUGGCCUGGAUCUUCGACACAUCACUGUAGUGGAGCUGGUAGGGGUGUUCCCAACCCUCAUCGGCAGGAUAGGAGCAAAGGUGAUGCCUCCAGCCCUGGCCCUGCAGCUCAGGCUGUUGCUGCGAAUUCCACUCUAUUCCUUCAGCAUAGUGGUACUGGAUAAACAUGGCGUGGACAAGGAGCGCUACGUCUCCCUGGUGACACCUGUGGCCCUCUUCAACCUGAUCGACACUUUCCCCCUGAGAAAAGAGGAGAUGGUCCUGCAAGCAGAAAUGGGCCAGACCUGUAACACCUGA